AUCAUCCAUCCAGUCCCCGGGGCGAGCGCACUGAUCAUGCACAGUCGACUGCGCUCAACUUCUAACAGACUCACACACACACACACACACACACAGUCGGACCCAUUUCAAAUGGAACUGAUAGCACACAUGGUCGUGUACACAUCCAACAGCAGAUGCGCUCCAAACUGAAAUGUUACUAAAUCUGUAGACUGAAAGGCGCGUUUUGGGAACAACUUGGAGGUUCAGUGGCAUAAUUCGCACCAGGACUUUAAAGCACUUUUUUUUUGAGAAGCUGAAGGAGAUCAAGGUAAAUACCUUGCUCUGAGUGUGUGUGUGUGUGUGUGUGUAUGUGUGUGCGUGUUUGAUAUUGUACCGUAGUGUGCAGGGAUUUAAUAGUUACCAAGCUCGUGGUGUUACUGUGAUGUCUCGUUCGCACUGCGCCGGUUUGCGCUUCUGCUUCCAUAAACGUAUACUAAGCAAAACUUUGUGACUUUGUGAUCCGUGUCACACCGCAUCAAAAAAAUGGCACUGACUGAAAACUGUAGGAUUUAUCAGGCUCCCAAAGACAGUGGCUCGACCCAAACUUCCGAUGUCAUAGAGCUGAACGUGGGUGGACAGGUGUACUACACCCGGCGCGCCACCCUGACCAGCAUGCCCAACUCUUUACUGGCCAAAAUGUUUUCCUCCAAAAAGGAGACAUCAGGUGACAUGGCCCGAGACACGAGAGGAAGAUGCUUCAUUGAUAGGGAUGGAUUUUUGUUUCGAUACGUGCUGGACUACCUGCGAGACAAGCACGUCGUCCUUCCCGAUCACUUCCCGGAAAGAGGGCGACUCAAGCGCGAGGCUGAGUACUUCCAGCUUCCAGAGCUGGUCAAGAUCCUUACCCCUGAUGACCUGAAGCGACCAAACCACGAUGAAUACCCUCACAGUGAUUUAGAUGAUAUAUCUCAAGGCAGUGAUCAGAGAUCGUACCCGUCAUCCCACAGGCGCUACGGGUUCAUCACAGUCGCAUCCGCGCGCGACGCCUGCGUCUCAGACGGGAAAGGUAUCAGACUGCCCAAACUUUUUGUCUGCGGAAGGGUCGCCCUGGCUAAAGAAGUCUUCGGAGAGGCUUUAAGGGAAAGCAGGGAUCCUGAGCGGCCUCCUGAGCGCUACACGUCCCGGUUUGUCCUCACGUUCGGGCACGCGGAGAGGGCGUUUGACCUGCUUGCCGAGAGCGGCUUCCGGCUGGUGGCGUGCAGCUCGGCCCUCACCUCUCCCCUUUACGCCUCGCAUACCGACGACAGGCAGUGGUGCAAGUGCACAGAGUACGUCUUCUACCGUGGGCCGUCAGCUUGGUCGUCCUCUCACUGCGAGUGCUGCUGCAAGAGCCAGAAGAGCGAGAGAGAGGGCGAGAGUGGCACGUCCCUCAACGAGCUCUCCACUUCCUGCUCCGAGUCCCACUCGGAGGCCAGCUCACCCCAGGAGACAGUGAUCGCCCGUCCCGUCUCCCAGCAACACCACCACAUCCAGACUCUGGAACGGACCCAGAAGAAAGGACCGGCCCAGUCGAUGCAAGCGGAGACCCGCCGGAGGACGGAGCUUUUGCGCACUCGCACCACAGGUCACCGUGACCUCAUGACCCCGUCCAAGAGGAAACCGACUAAGGAGAAGCUAACGCCAGAGCAGGAGCUCCAGAAAUGCAUCCAGGACUUCCGACGCAUUCGGAUUCCUGAGCGCUUCCCGGACAGGAAGAACACGUGGCAGUCUGAUCUCCUGAGGAAGUAUCACCUGUGAAGCGAAACGAGUAGGGCGUGAAGGAGGCAGGAGAGAGGAGGAACACAAUCUACCUAUCAGUGCUUAAGAUCUCACUUCGAUUUGCACUCCACUCGAGCACAAUCUCUUCGAGCAAGUCGCAUAAUGCACAGAAAAAGAUGCAGUUAACCUUGAGUGACUCGUACAGGUUCUGUUACAAAGCACAAUUACUCAAGCUGCAAAUCAAUUUCACAGUGUCUAAAUGAACCAGCCUUUUAAGGAACACCGUGGAAUGGGUUGGACAUGCACUAAAUGAGCACCCAUCAACAUGUUAUCAGCACACUCAGAGCACUGCACGAAUCAGACACUUCUGCUUGUCGUCUCCAGGACAGGAUUUAAUGCGUGAACGUGGAACAAAAAGCACAAAAUCAUUCAAUGUCGAGUUGUAUGGAUUGUAAUGUUAAACACAAAGCUUUCUUCUUUUUGCCGAAUUUUGUUUGCUUAUGACCAGCGGUCCCUGUUCCUGUGCAUGCUUAGGCAUUACAACUGCAUUAUAGAGUACUGCCUCACCUCUUAUGGAUUAGUGCUAUAUAUUAUGCCCUGCAUAAUUCGCUGAUGUUUAGGGAAAAAAAAAGAAAAGAAAAAACAUAAAACAUCACACCCAAAUGAAAAUGUAUCUGAAACAAUAGAGCAGCACAAAUUUGCUAGAUGGUUUUCUCAUCGUGAACAUUUUUGUCCAGAUUCUUAUUUGUAGUGUAUCUGAUCUGCCUCGGGGUAUAUGAAGAAUCCCUUAUUGUGAAUGUGCAACGAUUUAUUAAAUGAACUGAGU